AUGGCUCCAAUCCAACUCCCACCCGAUGCAAUCGACGACCUCAUCUACGACGCUCGCACAGGCGACCUGGCAGCGCUGCAAUCCGACCUGUCAGCACUGAGCGUACAGAACGGCUGUCCACAAGCCGUAGUCGUUGCGUGUGCAAUUGACGCAGAGCCCGAAGCCGAGGGAGGAAGUGGUUCGUGCCUGUUGCAUUUCCCAGCUGCGAAUGGAAACCUGGAAAUCCUGAGCCAUCUCCUGCAGAUCCUCGGCAGUUCGCCUGACCUAAGCAAAGAGCAGAUCCAAGCAGUGAUAAACCAUAAGAACCACUCCGGGAACACGGCUUUGCACUGGGCCGCUCUGAACACACAUCUGGAGUGCGUGAAGGCUCUCGUUGAGGCGGGGGCUGAUGUCUCAAUUCAGAACCAGGCCGGGUUGGAUGCUAUUUUCCUGGCCGAGAGAGCGGACUGGGGAACUGAAGAGGUCAGUAAAGAGGAGGAGCAGGAAGGGGUGGAAGAGGCUUCUGCGGAGACUAGCGCGGAAGGAAAGGAUUCUGGGCCCAUGUCCAAGGGUAGACAGGUCGUGGAGUGGUUGUUGGCUUCGGAUAAGGCUGGGGAGUUGGAGAGUGGAAUCGGAGGGGACGAAGGGACUACUACUGCUGAUGAGAAAUGA